AUGGCGAAAGAGUGGGAAGCUUCCGAUGAGGAGAAACUACAGAUUGCACAGCGAUUUCUGCUCGCAAGUCCUCCUGGUCAAUUUUACGAGGUACUACGAGAUAUAGAAAAGCUUGUACCGGGACAUAUUCUCUCCGACACGGUGCGGCAGAGCGUUUUGCAUGCUUAUAACAUCAAGAACUUUCUGCCAGUGGAGGUACCGGAUGCACACUAUAAGAUUUUGAUAUGCGAGGAAGGAGAAAUUGACGAUGCUCAUUAUAUUGAUCCAAUUGGGAACCGUGUGCUGGGUUUUGACCAUAUGAAUCAGCAAAUUAUAGCUGGAGAUAUUGCAGAGAUACCUGAACCACGUGUCACAGAGUUUGAGAAAGAGCGGCAACAAGUGCAGCAAACGUUACGAUCCUACCUGCAGUUUGAGUACAUGCACGGAGGAACUGCUGGUGUGUACGUCGUGGGCACAAAGCUGAUAGUGAAUUUAUGCACGGAACGUGUCAAUUUACGCAAUUUUUGGGGAGGACGGUGGAAGUCGCGGUGGGAAGUAGACUUGACGGUCAAUCCAGCUACGGUAAAGGGCACCAUUCAGCUACAUGUGCACUACUUUGAAAACGGGAACUUGCAGUUGCAAAGUGUCAAAGAUAUUGAAGAAGAGAUUACAAUUCAAAGUCCAGGCAAUCUUGGCGACGCUAUUCUGCGUGUUAUGAAGGAAGCUGAGGACAACCUGCAGACGAAUCUAGAAGAUAUGUACAGCAACAUGUCCGAAGAAACUUUCAAGGAGAUGCGUCGCGUCAUGCCUGUUACGCAGGCAAAGAUGGAGUGGAGUUUGUACGCGCAUCGCACGGCAAAAGAUCUUGGACGCAGCAAAUAA